AUGACGGUGCGGAGAGGAAAGAAGCUCAGCAUCUCCAUCCAGGAACACAUGGCCAUUGACGUCUGCCCCGGUCCCAUCAGGCCCAUCCGACAGAUCUCCGCGUACUUCCCCCGCCUGUCCCCCACCUCCCCCACCCCCAUCUCCCCGAACCCCGCCGUGUCCCCGGUGCCCCCCUCCUCCCCUCUGGCCCUCAGCCCCGGUUCCGUGGCCUCCGGGAUGGGCGGCGCUCACCUCCUGUCUCCUCUGCUGGCCCACGGCAGGCCGGGCGGGGGCGGGUCGCUGUCUCUGACCAGCAGCGUGGACACGUCGGUGGAGAUCAACAGCUCCGACAGUGACGACUGCACUGCUCUGGGGACUCUGGAGUUUGAGCUGCGGUACGAGCAGAGCUCCAGUGAGCUGCACUGCACCGUGCUCCGGGCCAAGGGUCUGAAGCCCAUGGACUUUAACGGUUUAGCCGACCCGUACGUCAAACUGCACCUGCUGCCUGGAGCCUGUAAGGCCAAUAAGCUGAAAACAAAGACGAUCCGUAACUCUUUGAAUCCAGUGUGGAAUGAAACUCUUACCUACGUCGGGAUCACAGAGGAGGACAUGCACAGGAAGACGCUCAGGUUGACUGUGUGUGACGAGGAUAAGUUGACUCAUAAUGAGUUGAUCGGAGAGUCCCGGGUGCCUCUGAAACGUGUGAAACCCGACCAGACCAAACAUUUCCACACCUGCCUGGAGCAUCCGCCUCCGAUCCCUUCUCCCACUGCCAUGGGCGAAGCUCUGCGAGGAAUAUCCUGCUACUUAAGAGAGUGGGAGAACGAGCAGCUGCACAGCCUGGAGGAGAGAGGUCGUCUUCUUCUCUCCCUUCAGUUUUUGGAGGAUAAAAAUGCAGAGGGGGGAGGAGGAGGAGGAGGAGGUGAAGGCCGUCGCAGCGGGGGUCUCCGCGUGGGCGUGAAGCGCUGCGCCCACCUGGCAGCCAUGGACGUCAACGGAUUCUCCGACCCCUACGUCAAAAUAUACCUGAAGCCCGACAUACAGAAGAAAUCCAAGCACAAAACAGCCGUGAUGAAAAAAACCCUCAACCCGGAAUUCAAUGAGGAGUUUUUCUAUGAGAUCUCUCUGGCGGAACUGGCCAACAAGACGCUGGAGGUGACGGUGUGGGACUACGACCUGGGACGCUCCAACGACUUCAUAGGUGGCGUUUGUCUGAGCUGCCACUCCCAGGGGGACGCCCUCCGUCACUGGAUGGACUGCCUGAAGAACAAGGGCCGCAGGGUGGAGCGGUGGCACAUCCUGACCAAUGAGCUGCCACGAACCCUCAGCCACGACUAACCCCCCCCACCGCAUCCUCCACGCAUGCAGACCGUCGCUGUCAGGGAUCACACCGGUCCUCUGGUUUCUUACUGGGACAGACUCGAGCAACUUCACCACAGGAAUCCGCAGUAAUUGAGAGGAAAGGUGUAUUAUAAUCAGAGCCACCGUGAAGGCUGGAGAGCAGAGCCAAGCUGGUGCUGUGCCUUCAUUAUUCAACAGUGAGUCAUUCAGAAGAAGA